AUGGAACAGGACACUCAGUGGCUGUACCACCUCCUGGCCGAGGUCCAGUUGGAGAGGUUUUACCCGCGUGUCCGGGACAGCCUCAACAUCACCCGCGUAGAGCAUUUCACCUACGUCAAGGAGUCUGACCUCGAACAGAUUGGCAUCAGCAAACCAGGACAGAGAAGAUUAUGGGAGGCUUUAAAAAACUACAAGAUCAGCGUGAGGCCCAAAUCGUGGAUGGCCAAGGCGUUCAGUGGGUGUGGUCCGGAGGGAGGUGACCAAUGGGGCAGUGUGGGGUCGGGCCAGGAGAAAGGGGGGCGGGCCCUCACCUGUCUGAUCCAGGACGAUGAGCUGACUCUGGGGGAGAAGCUGGGAACGGGCUCCUUCGGCGUGGUGAAGAGAGGAGAGUGGCAGACCCCCACUGGGAGAGUGCUGCCGGUGGCAGUGAAGUCUCUGAAAAGUAGUCUUUCCAGACAGACAGACACCAUGACAGACUUUCUCCAGGAGGUGACCACCAUGCAGUCUCUAGACCACCCCAACAUCAUCCGCCUCUACGGAGUGGUGCUCACACAGCCCCUCAAGAUGGUGACAGAGUUGGCCUGUCUGGGGUCCCUGUAUGACAUGCUGCGCUCUCGCCAGCACGAGUACCCCCUGGCACGUCUCUGGCUCUUCGCCACCCAGAUAGCAGCCGGUAUGGAGUACCUGGAGGGUCGCAGGUUCAUCCAUAGGGACCUGGCUGCCCGGAACAUUCUGUUGGCCUCCAGGGAGAUGGUGAAGAUUGGGGACUUUGGUCUGAUGAGGGGCCUGAGCCAGGAGACAGACCAGUACGUGAUGACGGCCCACAGACGCAUCCCCUUCGCCUGGUGUGCCCCAGAGAGUCUGCGUGUGGGCUCUUUCACCCACUCCUCUGAUGUGUGGAUGUUUGGGGUCAUUCUCUGGGAGAUGUUCACCUACUGUGAGGAGCCUUGGCGGGGGCUAUCUGGCAGACAGAUCCUCUGGCGUGUGGAGCUGGAGGGACAGCGUAUGGAGAGACCCCCUGACUGUCCUCAGGAACUCUACUCUGUGAUGAGAAAGUGUUGGGCCUGCACCCCCUCCAACCGACCCACCUUCUCCCAGCUCACCACCCUGGUCGCAGAGGCUCAGCCUUUGGAGGUGUGUGCUGUAAGGGACUUUGUGGAACCUAGAAAACUCACCCUCCUGUCCAACGACCUAUUGACCAUCAUAGACCAUAGUCUGGAGCUGUGUGAGUGGAAGGGCCAGAACCAAAGGACCUUGAUAGUGGGCUGGUUCCCCCCGAGCCUGGCUGCACCCUCCCUCUCCGCCCCCAGCAGCGCCCCUGCUCUUCCCACCACAGCCCCCGUCGCUGCAUCAAGCCUCAUCUCGCCCCCCCUGAAGGGCAGUCUGCAGCACACGGGGCAGAGUGAGACCCACCCCGACCGUAACUGGGGCACGCCGGAACGCCUCGACGAGAGAGUAAACUGGAGAAGAAGCCCAGCAAAUAGAGAGAGAGAGGGCGGCUCCAAUUUACAGAAAAUGUCAGGUAUGACCAGGAGUCUGGAGUCUGUCCUGAGUGGUCCCCAGAGCAGGACCUUAGGAGGGGUCAAAGUGGACCCCCGUCGUGGACCCCUCGCCAACGCCAUGGUUGCCUGCAGCGUUGUGGUGCAGCAGGAUCCCCAUCGGUUCAGCGAGGCCAGCAUCAACCCCCCACCUCGACCGCUCCCGCCCAACCUCAAACGCAUCAAGAUUCCCCAGGUGGCCUUGAUCCGAGAUCGGAGGCCUGUAAAUCCAUCCCCAGGUUCCUUGUGGCCUCCACAACCUCAAAAGCAUCCACAGCAGCAGAUGCUACAGCCACCCCAGCCCCAGCUGCAGCAGACCAUGGGGGGCAGUGACCUGUGCAAGAUGGCCCACAUGGCAUGGUCCAAACCAGCACUGGAUGACUAUGGGAACAAGGAGAGGGAUGGUGAAAAGGAGUGGGUGGUGAGGGAACGAGAGAGGGAGAGGUACCCGCCUCAAGUACAACACACCAGGGAAGGCUUCAUAGCACAGGUCAUGGAAGCAGUGCAUGGAGUGACCAAUGAGGAGGUUCGGAACGCACUUCACUGCAAUGAAUGGAACCCUAUAAGGGCCCAGCAACAACUCAAGAUGGAGCAGCUGCACUCUCUGAGCCUGUGUUCUCGUGACGACUGCCUAAGGAUCCUGUCCCGCUAUCAGUGGGAUCUACAGCUGGCCAGCCGCUACCUGUUCAGAAUGGUACGGGAGGAGAGGACUGGAGGAGGA